AUGGAGACUGUUCAGAGGCAGAAAGAGCUGGUCAACGGAAGUAUUGCAAUCCUUUUCCAGGUGUGGGAAGAGCAGUUGCGAGACAAGACCAAGGAAUGCGAUCUGUUGAGACAGGAGGUGCAGACAUUGCAGCGUGCCAUUAGCACCAAGGAUGUGGAGAGUGCUCGCUUGGAGGAAGAAAAUACUCUUCUAAAGGAAGAAGCCACAACAUUACGAGUCACAUCUGGGUUCGUUGACUCGACAAGGCUGGAAGCUUUGAUUGAGAAACAUAACGAUCUAUACAAAGAGCAUGAGCGCUUAAAAGUGACGGCGGCGGCAAACCAGCAUGAUCUUAUCAAGCAGCUGAGAAAGGAACGAGAGAAAUUGAGAAGCUGGAAUAACUUCUCUAGUCCAGGUCCAGGCUCACCACAAUUGGCCGCGACGAGGACGUUCGACACAUCGCUGAACCGGCUCCAUGCAAAAGACAGGUCAAAUGCUCGAGGAAACCGUUCGGAGAGUAGAGAUCACGCUGGUGGCCUGGCUCAUGCUCAAGGGAAUGUGUCGCUGCAGCAGAUCGGCCCUGUUCCCGCCGAAUCAGAGCUCCCACCAAACGGAUCCGAAGAAAGAAGGAGCUUGGAUAAGUUAGCUGAGGCCGACAGCAGCAUCACGUGGAAGGGCUCUCAAGCCUCAAGUGAGUCACAAUUGACGAAGCAGCCGCCAGACGCCACCGAUUUUGAAUCAUCAUUUGUUGACGCACAUCUCCGAAAUGAGCCACGCAUUCUAUCACCGGAGCUUCCAUCCAUACAGAGGAAACAUCAGCGAGGCUUUCAUUCUGAUAGAGAUUCGUCCACAGGCAUAGAGAGAGCCCCAAGUCGAGGCUCGCUACCUCAAAUCCAACGGUCAGAUUCAACUGCCCCUCCUUCGGAAGGACCAGCGACUGGUGCGAUAGAACAGGCUCCAGCAGAUGAUGUUCCGUCUUCCGACACUCCUGAGUUCUUGGGAGCUCGCUCGGUCAAGAAAAGAGCGGCAAGGGAUGUCGCUUCCCAUGGGGAUAUACCGGCUGGCAAUGCCAACGAACCUGUCACCAUUAAGAGUGAUCCAGACACGAGCUUUGUAAUGGAUAAACCUCCGCAGUUCACGAGGCAGGAAUCCUCUAUUCACGAAAGCUUGGACCCUUCGGCGUCAAGGGUUGAAGCAAGAUCACCGAGGAAGCAUCGGCCACGACCACUCCUGACAACAGCGCCGCUCGAAGAGAAUGUGCCGCAGAAUCGUGCUGACUUAGAGACCAUGGCUUCGCAGCGAGCAGCAAGCGAGCCUACGUCAUUCAAGGAGCCAAUAUCAUUGGUGGACCAACCAAACAACAGCCGUGCAGCAGUGAACAUCAAUGCAAGGCAAGCCACGCCACUCAGACGGAUCGAUGGCAAUAUACGAAGGGGACUGAAAAAGGCGGAUUUGUCAUCUGAUUUGAAGUCCAGGAAAAGAAAACAUGAGGACAGCCGAGGCGUCGAGGCUAUUCCCACCAUCGCUGAGGACGGUGAAGAAUUCACCACAAAGACUCGAAGAACGUCUACGAAUCGCGGUUGUAGCCCCCGUCUAGUAGGUCCCGGGGUGCAUCGACGACUCGACAGUCUCCUGACGAGGCCACCGGCAUCCAGGGAGUGUUUGCCACAGAUAUCGAGGAAGACCACUGAGGAGAUGGAUAGAAGUCUAUCUCUUGCAACUCUGAACAAAACAUUAGGCCGCGAAACGCCCUUCAACGAAUUACUCCGAUCAGAAGAAAAAGAUUGGGAAUGGUGGGACGAGGCGCAAGAGCUGCUUACCAAGCACAAGGGCAGAGCCCCAGAAACGUCCGCCGUUCACCCAAGAUGGCACCAUUACAAACAACAAGAUCGCAUCAUCGACAACGCCAGCACACCUAACGACAGCGCCCAAGAGCACACCCGCACCCCACAUCACACCUGGAGCUCCAUCUCCAGCCCCGCGCUCUCCUCUGCUCACGAGACUACAAAUCCUACUCCUUCCCACCCACCCUACCGCACCCUCCCGCCCUCCUCCCUCAACCCAACCCACUUCAAACUCAACCCGGCCGCAAACCACAACCUCAGCUACGCCUACACCUCGGUCGUGCGCAACCAAUCCGAACGCAAACGCCUGCCCGGCUGCACGCGACCCGAAUGCUGCGGCCGUCAAUUCGCCGCGCUGGCCCAAACCCUGCCUCCCACCACCACCACCACCACAACAACGAACCGAUCCCCCACCCCAACCCUCACGGCAGAAGACGAAGCGGCGCUAAAGUCCUACCUCGGAGCCGCCCGCUACGAAGGCCUAGAUCGCGCCCCCAGUCCGCCCGGGUUCUGGAAUGUGGAUUUCCCUGCGACGCAGGAGAGGGAGGAGGAUCGGAUGGAGGCGGAGAGGAGGGAGCGGGAGGAGGUCAAGGCGCGGUGGAGGGAGGCGAUGAAGAAUCCCGAUCCGCGCGUCAAGGGGAAGGGGGAUGGGAGUGGGAGUGAGAGUGGGAGUGGGAUUGGGAAGGGAGAGAUGGGGUUGUGGAUGUUCGCUGAUGAAUGA